CGUUCCCGAGUCCCGACCUUGCUCUACUUCCCCUCGCGCGCCUUCCUUCUCCCCCACGACCGAUCAGAAGAGAGCACCAAACCCCACCGCACCGGCCUGUAUUGGCGAGCGAGUGGACAUGGGGCUGGAGAUGGCGCCGGUGGCAACGGAGAGUUCGCCGGAGCAGCAGCCGGAGGUGGCGAUUUACCCGCUGUGCCGCUACUACUUCGGCGCCAAGGACGCCCGGCCAUGCGCCGGCGAGACUGCCGCCGACCGCGCCCUCCGCCUCAAGGCCAACUUCGCGGCUCGCGGGCUCCGGACCUGCGUCCAUGGCGUCCUGCUGGUCGAGCUGUCGGGUCACCCGCACGUGCUGCUCCUGCAGGUCAGGAACUCCUCCUUCCUGCUUCCGGGCGGCCGCCUCAGGCCUGCCGAGCAAGAUCUCCAAGGCCUGAAACGCAAGCUCUCCAGCAAGCUAGCGGCUGAGGAUCGAAACGGCGACCACCACUGGCAGAUCGGCGAGUGCAUUGGCAUGUGGUGGAGAUCAGAAUUCGAUGCCAGGCCAUUUCCAUAUCCGCCUCCAAACACACGUGUAUCCAAGGAAUGCGUAAAGCUGUUCUUGGUCAGGCUGCCCAUGGCUCGCCAGUUCGUGGUGCCGAGGAACCUCAAGCUCCUAGCCGUGCCCCUGUCCCAGAUUCACGACAAUGCUCAGGUGUAUGGGCCAAUCAUAUCUGCAAUUCCGAAUCUGCUCUCCAAGUUCUCCUUCAACGUUGUAAGGGACUGAGAAGGUGCUUCGUGUCGGGGGGUUUUGUACAAGGGGCUGCAUUUUUGGUUAGCCAUAUAAUAAUGUAAAGCACACGGACUAUCAGAUAACACUAUGUUUGUACAAAAAAGAAAAGAUAAGACUAUGUUUGCACUCGCCAGCUGCAGCUAGUUCAGCCCGUCUCCGGUCGGAUGUGGCGACGGUGGCAGAAGGACA